UACAUCGUACAAGUUUAUCUAAUUGUUAACUGUACAUUUUGCGCGCGCCUACCCACGGUCUUAACAAGGAAGUAUUUAUAAACUUUGUCAAACCAACCAACUGUAACAGUCAACGACAAUCGAUAUCAUGGCGGAUAAGCGUCAGCACGUUUUAUUGCUGAUCGAGUGCCUUUUCCUGGUGCUGUGGUCAGUAAUUUUACUUGGGAUGACUAUUCACUGGCGGAUCCGUAGAGAUGCCAAUCCCGUGUAUCAUACCGCGGAGCUGUGUGUUAACUGUUCGGAGCUUAAACCCUGGUACGAUCCAGAAAAUGGUUCAAGGCAGGUUGACGAACUUUUGCAAAGAGAUGGAAAAACGUGUUGCGGACAUGCGGACGAAAUUCUACGUUACUCCGCAAGAAAGCAAAUCAUGGAAGAGUUUUAUCUUCAAAGUACGCAUUCUUAUCCACACGGCAUCAGUUUACUGUGCGAUACCCACGAACAGAUUCGUCCAUACGCCAAACUUGUCGGUAUCAUCGGAACAAAACCAAGCGAAGGUCUCGACAAAAUACUCUGGAACAAGAACGGAAACACAACGGUCGGACCAACGAUCCAAGACAUUACACAUUUACAUGAUGACGGAGUGAUCGUCAUAAGCAGAUCAGGAAAUUACGAAGUAAGCGUCAAUUUGGUGACGAAAACGACCGCUCCCACUCCAAAUCAUGGCAUAGUGUCGUACUUCAUCCACGUGUUGUCUCACAGGCAUGGGGCGCAAAGGAUUCUUGCUGAACGGAGGAUGUCGUUCAACGCAAUACAUCAAAGUCGCAGCACUUUCCAUGGGGUGUAUCGCCUUGAUUUGCAUGAUCGUUUGUCCGUUGCAUCGGCACAUUUAAAACACAUUAAUAUUUCGAGCGAUGAUAAUGUUUUUUCAGUCAAUUUGUCAUAAAUGUUUGUCUUAAUAUUCGAUAAUGUAUACAUGCAAUUUAUUCAAUAUACCAUAUAUGUUAAAUAUUGUAGUUCAAAUAAAUAAGCACAUACUCAUAUUGAUAACAAUUCGUAUUUGAAAACGCAGACUAUCAUAACUAAAAACCCCAAUUUGAAACACAGUAACUUUGCACUCUCGUGAUGUAGAAAACAGUUCUAAGGAAACAGUGCGAUAUAAUUUGAAAUUGCAAAAUGUUAUUUAGUGGGCUUAGCGCAAACCGGUUGUAAUUUCAUUUUUUGAAAUUUUAGAGGAGAGACCAAAAACUGCCCAAAUAAAAAAAAUUCUUGCUGGAUAAAUAAAAAAAGCAUAUAUUUUGUUAGUUCCAAGCAGUGUUUAAAGACUUAUUUCCCAGCGGUAGAAUAAUUAUUGAAAGAGAUAUUUAAACAUGUUCAAGUUACAACCAUUUUCCACCUGAAAUUUGGGAAAAUAACAUUUAUUAUUUUAUGCAAUAGGGAAGUAACUCAAGUUACAACUGUUUUCCACCUGUAAUUUGGGCAGAUUUUAAUAUUUAUUUGUGUGUUAAAUGUAAGUAUCUCAUCUUUUAAUCUUUAUUCUUCAUCAUUAGUAAAAGAAAGCAAAACUUA